CCCAAUUAUUAUUAUUUCACAUGGUGGUGGGGGCGCGGUUAUGGUGGCCAGAAUUAUGGCGGACAGCAGCAGCCUCGAGGUCCUCCUAUGCAGGGGUACGGUGCACCUCCAGCGCUAUCCAGUUGGCAGAUGGCUCCUCCCAACUAUGCUCCACGUGGACCGCAAGCUCCUGGGUUUCAAGGUACGAUUUUAAGUAAUUCUGGUCGUGUUAUAGUCAAUAUAAAUGCUUUAUUUGCUUGUGUUACUCACCCUACUUUUGUAGGUUUUCCAUUAGUUGAGAAUUCUUUUCAGUCCCCCCACCACCCAUAGUGUGUCAGAUAUGUUUUUCUCCUGGUCAUUCUGCUUUGGCUUGUCCUCGUUUUGUCAACUCUACUGCUCCAGCAUUGGCGGCUCUUCCCACAGGCGAAUCAAAUGAAUCUGUUUGGUACCCCGACUUUGGGGCUUCGGCUCAUAUGACUCUGUCUGAAGGACAAUCACACGGGGGCCAUCCUUCUUCAAGCCACCAAUAAAAACUGUGUCUAUCCCUUUACAACUGUCCAUCAACCUGUUCCCUCUCUUGCCCUCAAGACCACACUUGUACCAGGACCCGUUUGGCAUAAAAGACUCAGACACUGUGGGGAUCACAUUUUCCGGAUAGUUGUCGCUCCACUACAGGUUAUGCUAUUUUCCUAGGUGGAAAUUUGGUAUCAUGGCGUUCCAAGAAACAACCCACCGUAUCCAAAUCGUCUACAGAAGCGGAAUAUCGUGCAGUUGCAUAUACCGUUCAAGACACCUUAUUUAUUCGUUCCCUUCUAUACGACAUGGGCAUUACACUUCCUAAUCCGGUGCAGUUAUUUUGUGACAACGUCUCCGCAUCUUAUCUUGCAGUAAAUCCUAUUCAGCACGACCGCAACAAACAUAUAAAAAUUGAUUAUCAUUUUGUUCGUGAAUGAGUGGCUCAUGGCGAUCUGUUGGUCAGAUACAUUCCUACUCAGUAUCAGCUGACGGAUAUUUUUACCAAGAACUUAACUAGUCAGCGUUUUGAAUUUUUACGUUCCAAUCUGCACGUGAUUUCUCCCGCACAGAUUGAGGGGGUGUAAUAGCGUAUUAUUAUUAGUAUUAUUAAGGACUUAUGUGUAAUUAUUUAUUCCAUGAUUAGUAUAAAUACACCUCUAGGGCUAUCACAUUGGUAAGCCAUUAUUCCCAAUUAUUAUUAUUUCACAAGAUGAAGGGUUUUUAUUCUCG